AUGUUCAGGGCCUCCGCUCGUGCUACUAGAUUAAGCUUCAAGAGGUUCAACUCGUCAGGCCAUCAUGAUGCGCCAGCGCCCACUCAGAAUGAGAUUGACGUGACGAAAGUGUUUGGUGUCGCUCUUUUGGCUGGCGUUUCUCUCUUCUUCUACAGAUCUUCCAAAGAGCCUGUCAUCAAAACUCCAUUGUAUAACCAAGUCGAGGACCGUGUGCAAAUGAGGAAUGAGGCUUACGCCAAAAAAUACAAGGCUUCUUUCAUCAAGUCUUUCAUCAGAGAUAAAGGAGGCAUCGGCCUGAAGCAGCACAGAAGACAAGCCAUCGGUGCUGUGCCAACUGUUCUUAUUCCCACACAUUCCCCAUACGCCAACCAGUUCGGCGCUGGUAUCAAGACGGCCGAUUUGGGUCCCAGAAAGGAAAGAGUCAAGUACUAUGCUCCAUUGGAAAACUAG